AUGUCUCUGAACCAGAUGCAAAUCAAGCAGGAGCUGCAGCUCCCCCCCGGUUUGGGUAAAACCACCCCAAAACAGAGCCCGGAGCAUCCCCAAAUCCCGGUGCCCGAGCCGCUCCCGGAAAAGGCGAAAUUCCCAGAAAAGGCGAUCGCAGAACCGGGAAAAGGGGAAACUGCCCUGCCCCAGGAGCAGCAAACCCAAAUCCCCGCGGCAUUCCCGAACCCCGAACCUGCUCCGCGCCUGGAAGAGAAAUCCUGCCAGGAACCGACGCUGGAGAAGCAGGAGGUCAAGGAGAUCCCGGAAAAACAGGAGUGCAAGGAAAUCCCAGUGUCCAUCCCAGAAAAACAGGAGUGCAAGGAAAUCCCAGUUUCCGUCCCCGACCCUGUCCAGUGUGCCCAGGAAAAGCAGGAAUGCAAGGAAAUCCCGGUGUCCAUCCCAGAAAAGCAGGAGUGCAAGGACACCCCUGUCCCCAUCCCAGUUUCAAACCCUGAACCCACCCCGUGUUCCCAGGAAAAACAGGAAUGUAAGGAAAUCCCUGUUGUCCAUCCCCAGAAAAACAGGAAUGCAAGGAAAUCCCUGUGAAAUCCGGUGUCCAUCCCAGAAAAACAGGAAAAACAGGAGUGCAAGGAAAUCCCGGUGUCCAUCCCAGAAAAGCAGGAGUGCAAGGACACCCCUGUCCCCAUCCCACUCCCAGACCCCAUCCCAUCUUCCCAGGAAAAACAGGAAUUCCAGGAGAUCCCGGUGCCCAUCCCGGAGCAGCAGCAGCGCUCCCUUCAGAAAUUCCCUCCCCUGGAGCAGCAGCUGGAGCAGCCCGGCCCGUGGCAGAAAUAA